AUGGCUAGUGCGGAAAUUAUCUUGAACGGUGGGACGCCUACCCGUUUGAAAAACUCAGACCACAAGCCACCAAUUGGGUCUCCUGAUCCAGUGGGAGACUUGCCGCUGACAUCGUCUACUAGUCUCGUCCCACUAAAAAAAGCUGCUCACACUCAAAAUGAAGAGUGCAAGGGUAGGAAAGUUUUGCGAAAUGAUGACUUCGCUGCAGCCUCGGAUGAUCACAGUGGAGAUAUAGACGAAAUCUCUAGUGAGAAAACUCACGCGCUCGAAGCCGAUGAUAAAGACUUGAUGAGUGGUGUUUCGCGUGAUAGCUUUUCACCUAGGCCCCAAAGCAUCAGGUCACUGGGACAAGGCGUAUAUCCCACCGCAUUCUCCACGGAAUCCAGUGUAACCACAAGUUCUCUUAUGCCAGGAGAUGCGUCUAGAAGUGGUGAUAUGGACUUGGCGCCUGUUUCUUUGGAUUCCAGUAUUGCUCGCACAAAAAGCUUUUUAUUUGAGAACACGGUGCCCUCAGAUAAAGAAAUGGACGCUUUUGGUUUCCAGAGCCAGCUGGACUCUGACGAUUAUUUCUCAACCGAUUCAGAAUUGUCCAGAUCUGGUGAUGAUGAUGGUUUGAGCUCUAAAACGCGGCAAAGUCUAGCUUUGUAUGCUGAGAAUUCCUGGCACCAGGAAAGGACUGGUGACUCCAGUCCCUCGAGGCAUUCCAAAUUGAACAUUGCCGAAUCAAAAUCGAGCUUGAACUCAAAAAGAGGUGGCGAGAUACUUUUCACUAAGGACAAACCUGGCUCCUUUUUAAUGCAACAUCACUCCAAUCUUACGAAUCUGUUGAACGAAGAUUUUGGAAUCGAAAACAAUUUGUCGAAUGCUGUACACGAUGACAAAGCCCUCCGGUGUUUGAUCGCGGUUCCUCGACUAUCCAUUGGUUUUGAAAAUCCGAUUCAAAUAAAGGUGGAUGAGUCGUUUGCUGUGGAGGAUGUUAUUCAAACUUCGCUAACACAAAUUAGGAGAUUAAGUCAAAAUAAAGGUGGCAUUUUUGCUGUCGAUCUAAAUUCGCAGCUGUGGAAUCUCUAUCUGGCUGACGACGAUGGCCAGAUCGACGACGACAUGGGACCUCUUGAGAGAAAUCGGUUGCUCGUUUCUUAUUGUGCUGACGAAUUUGUUCUAGAUUACAAAUCUAACGAUGACUGCUCUCAAAAUAAUUUCAAAUGUCCUAAGGUUGCCAGCUCGAGCGUUUUGCAAGAAAGUACCAACGCUGGACCCAGAUCCAUAGAAACUCUUGGUUCUGAGAGACUUGCUUCUUUGAACUCCUUUUUACAUGCGACUUCCGAUGGGUCAGGAAUUACCUUUGAUGACAAAAAGAAUAAAAGCCAUGUAUUCAUUGAUUCGGAUACCAGAAGACUUGCCUCCGGGAAGCAUAGUCAACAGGGGCGCGAAGUUGAAUCAGUGAUGACGAAAGCUUCAAACAAUGCAUCUAUGGGUAAUGACGUGGGUUCAAGUAAUGAAACGAUGCAAGCAAAUUCAUUCCAUCAUGUGUCUAAAAGGAAGAAAAAAUUUCAAACCUUGCUUCAAUUGACGGGUCUAAAUGGAAACGAACCCCAUAUAUCUGGAACGAAUCAUGGAGACUCCCAAACUACCAAAGAUCGAGGUUAUUUGGGUUCAGGUACUUAUUAUCGAUGGACUAUUUGGCGGCGCCAACAAAUGUCUUUCAGAGGCAGGUAUCCCAAAUCUCUUGUAAUAGAUGGACAUCAGAUAUACAUUUUGCCAUUCAAUGAAUCAAAAGGAUCUUGGUACGAGUCAAAAACAACUAGCUUCGAUUUCAAUCAAAUCAUUAAGGUGAAGCAAAACCCUCGCAUUCCUCACUAUUUUAAGAUAGUUGUCAUGAAGCAAAACCACGAAGCUCCAAAGACAUACCAUUUGGAAGCGGCUAAUGCGGCGGAAUCCAGAGCUAUCGUCAAAACUUUCAAUCUGUUAAUGGAAAGAUUCCCACCCACGAAUGAGAAAACAUAG